UUACAGCUGUGUGCUAUCACCAGACAGUUGAAGAUAUGAGUGAGAGAGUGACUAGCAGACAGAUUGGCUAGACAGAGUGGUUUUAGUAGUGAGAUAGUGUUAAGUAAGUGUUAUUAGUUAUUAUUUGUAAAGAAGUAGAAGAGUGAAGAGUAUUGAGUAUUAGAAAUCUGUAAAUAUUAGUAGGUAAAUAGUGCAAGUAUUGUUAUACUUAUAAGUGGACUUGUUGAAAUAAAGUAGUAGUUUAAAGUUUUAAAGUGAGUUGUUGGUUUAUUGAAGAACGAAGAACCCACGGAAAAUACGACGGGUAAAAGUCGUAACAAUAUUCAAUAUUGUUCAUCCCAGUCAGUUAGUUUAAACUGUUUAAAGUGUCGAGUCCAGUGUCGCAAAAUUUUCAACACUAUGAGUGACGGCCGAAAACGAUUAAGUGGAGCGCAAUACAAGACGCUUGCUGAGGAAAAGCGGAGAAAACUUCAUGCAGUUUUAGACAAAACAAAAAAAUUAAACAACUAUUUUUUAAUUAAACCUACAACUACAACUUCCAAAGCGCAAACACAUGAUUCGGAUUCGGAAUCGGAGACUGUUACUGCUGUGUCUGCUAUACCUAUACCACCAGAUAAUGCGGAAGCGAUGGACACGGAGCCAAGUGAGAGGUCAGAAUCUAAAAUAGAAGCAUCUGCAUGUGCAUCAGCUUCAGUAAAUCCACAAUGUUUACAAGCAGUUAUCAGUAACGACCCUGCCGAAUGGAAGGCCAACGAUGCUACUAUCGAUUAUUUGUUGUCCUUACCAAAUGAAAUAUGCCAAAAUACAGAUGAGGAUUUUUCACUAACAAAAACUGUUAUUGGCAAUAAGACACGGUAUCUUACUAAGAACGUUUUCCGUCGUAAACUUGCCAAUGAGGAAGAACAACCUCGUAGAUACUUAAUAUAUUCACCAUCAAAGAAAUCCCUGUUUUGCAUUCCAUGUCGUCUUUUCGGAGGAACCUCAAAAAUGGCCACUGAUGGCGUAAAUGAUUGGAGUAAUGUAAAUAAAAUUUUGAAUUUACAUGAAAACUCCCACGAACACGCCAAAUCCCAAGUAACCUUAUUGCGGCGUCAACAAAAGCAAAACCAAAUUGAUUCAUUGCUGUGUCAGCAAAUAAGACUCGAAGAAGAUUACUGGCGAAAAGUGUUAAAGCGGGUGGUUGCAGUGACUAAAAAAUUGGCUUCCAGAGGUUUACCGUUUAGAGGAACAGUUGAAAAAUUCGGCAAUCCAAACAACGGAAACUUCAUGAUGUGUCUGGAGCUCAUAGCGGAAUUUGAUCCGUUUUUAGCCACGCAUGUAUCUCAGCAUGGAAAUCCGGGAAGUGGUAAAACGUCAUACCUCUCAUCUACAGUAUGUGAAGAAUUUAUCGACUUAAUGUCGACUGAGGUUCUGAAUCACAUUAUGUCCGAAAUUGUAAAGUCAAAAUACUAUUCAAUUAUAAUUGACUCAACACCCGACAUGGCACAUAUUGAUCAAUUAUCCGUAAUCAUCAGAUAUGUUACAGAAAAUGGAAAACCAGUAGAGCGCUUCGUUGGCUUUUUGCCAAAUUUGGGACAUAAAUCUGAAGAUAUGGAAAAUGCUGUAAUUUCUAAAUUGGAGAAGCACAAUUUGGAAUUAAAACAUUGUCGAGGUCAGUCCUACGACAACGCUAGUAAUAUGUGCGGCUGUUACAGUGGUUUACAAGCAAGGAUUUUGAAACGCAACCCGCUCGCUGAUUACCUACCUGUGCCGCCCAUUCAUUGAAUUUGGUUGGCGUCUGCGCUGCCGAAUGUGCCGGAGAGGCUGUAAGGUUUUUUGAAACGGUGUAGAGCCUAUAUACUUUUUUCUCGGCGUCUACUCGUCGUUGGGAAAUUCUACUUUCCAAUUUAAAACCCGGCGCUAAAGUUCCAAAACGGGUCGACGGAACAAGAUGGUCUGCACGCCAUGAUGCUUUAAUGAGCUUACGCGGGAGCUGGAGCAAUUAUUUAAAUGCUUUGACAACAAUUGAAGAAGCGGUUUCAGAAAAACCAACGGUUCGAACGGAGGCAGCUGGGAUUAAACGUCGCUUAAACCGUUUCGAAUGUGCCUUCAUGUCGGUUUUUUGGGAAAUGAUAUUAGAGCGUUUCCAUAAAACCAACAAAACUCUUCAGGGCGUCGAUAUCGAUACUGGCGACGUAACUAGACUCUUUUUAUCAUUGAUAAAUUUUGUCAAAUCUUUGCGAAAUACUGCCAUGUUUGAAACGUACAUUGACAAAGCCAAAAAUAUUAUGGAUGAAAGAUACGAUGAUGACCAUCAAAGAAAUCGGAGACGUAAACUUUUCUUAGAUGAAAAUAGGGAUGGUGACACAAUUCUGACAGGAAGGGAACAGCUAAAAGUGGACACAUAUUUUUCUAUACUUGAUAGGGUUUCAAUGGAACUGAACAAAAGAUAUGAA